AUUCGAAGAUCCUCGUACCAUAACGUGAUCAGGGUAUCAGAAGUGUCGAAAUUUAUAGACAUUUCCUGCGUUCAAACCUACAUUAUCAACAGCGCAAAGAUUGUAUUUUUAAACGAGCGGCCACAGCCCAGGCCUGGAAAGGGCGUCACCAAUACCUGUGAGGUAUGCUGCAGAGGCCUCCUUGAUUCCUUCCGCUUCUGCUCCCUUGGAUGCAAGCUUGGAGGAAUGAAGAGAGACCCGGAGCUGACCUUCAUGCUUCGGACGAAAGCGGGGCGUGAAUUAGGGCAGGGAUCGGAAUCUGACGAGUCGUCAACGCCGCGAAAGUUGCGCAAGACGUCAGCUUUUAGCCGUGGACUCUACUUGCUUACGCGUCCUCCUGCGACGGAGGAAUGGGACUCACCGAAGGAAGACGGCGUAGAUCGCCGGAUCGAUGCGACUUCUCCGGCGACACCACCAAUCCUUAGUUACAGGACUUCCAGGCGUAAGGGUAUUCCACACAGGGCUCCUUUCUGACCAAAAAAAAAAAAAAAAAAAAA